AUGGGCGCCCUGCACGAAGGCCAUAUCUCGCUCAUGCGCCAUGCCGCAGCUGAAAACACCGACGUCUUUGUCACAAUCUACGUGAACCCCACCCAAUUCGGCCUGAACGAGGAUCUCGACUCGUACCCAAAGACAUGGGAGACAGACCUGCGCAUAGUAGAGCAGCUGAACCAAGAGCUGGCAAGCUCGGGCCAAGGACGAGUUACGGCCAUCUUCGCACCAGAAACGAAAACUAUGUAUCCUACCCUCCCGCCCGACAGCAGCAUCCCCGGCGUGGGAACGUUUGUCGAGAUGCGCCCGCUUGGCCAAAUCCUUGAGGGCGCAUCAAGACCCGUCUUCUUUCGCGGCGUAGCAACCGUGUGCAUGAAGCUCUUCAACAUUUGCGCUCCGGACCGCGUCUACUUUGGCCAAAAGGACGUCCAACAGACUCGCGUCAUCAAACGGAUGAUCACCGACUUCCACCUCGACAUGGAUCUGCGUAUAAUCCCUACGUCAAGGGAGUCUGACGGCCUUGCUCUUUCAUCUCGCAACGUCUACCUGGGCACCCGCCGCCGCAAUGUGGCUAUUGUUCUCAAUCAAGCACUUCGCAAGGCAGAAAUCAAGUACAAGAACGGGAUGCGCCUGCGGAAUGAUGUGUUGUGGCCUGCGUUUGAUCACACAAACAUGACGCUCCUUGACCAGGAGCAGCUAGAGCCUAACCAGCGCGCAAAGUUUGAAGUCGAUUACAUCAGCCUUGCCGACCCAGAUACCAUGGAAGAAAUCGAGCAGAUUGAUGACAGCAAGGGCGCCAUUCUAAGUGGUGUGGUCAAGAUGCUGCCGGUUGAGGAACCACAGCCAGACAAAGAAGAUUUGGGCCGACUGGACGCUGAGGGUCAUCAGGUUCCUGUCCGGUUACUUGAUAAUAUCAUUCUGGAGCCUAUGAGAUGA